AUGGCUAGCUGCUGGAGAAAAAACCAAGGGAUCAGUAAUCGCCAAGGGGGUAACAGGAGAUCUUCAUCUUAUUACGGAAAACCACCUUUGGAUAAUAGGUUUUCAACAGUACCUUUAUGGGAAAAGAAGUUUUGUACUACUGUUGGUGCAGUUCCAUGGGGAAGGCUGUUAGAAGGCAAGAGGUAUAUGGAGUCGCAUUCCGAUGUGAUGAAGUGGGAUGACUCUGCCGCCAAACAGGCUUUCCACGAUGCAAAAAACAGGUUUUGGGCUGACAUCAACGGCUUUCACUGCGACAUUCCGUUGCCUGAUCCAGACAUGUACAUUGACGAAGUAGAUUGGGAUGCAUGUGUUGAUCAAGAACUCUAUUUGGAUUUGGAUAGAGAAGAAGAGGCCAGAGAUAAAAUAAUAGAAAAGAGCCAGGAGGAGACUGUGAUUGUCGACAAUUAUCUUGGUAAUUGGGAACUCACACCUACUGGAUGGGGGGACGAGGAGGAAGAAGUAACAAAACCUCAAGAACCAAGUUAUGGUGCUGAGGGAUGGAGAUCAAGCAACCAUGAAAACCAAGAAAAUAAUGAAACAAACUCUUGGGAACAGAAUGAUUUUCAAAGGUGGAUUCCAAAGGAACAGUAUGGUGGCGAGCUGCAUGAAAAAUAUCAAGCACCAAAUGUCGAGAACAAAAAUUGGGGAGGAUAUAACAAAAAGAGAGAGAAUAACAUAUCAUGGUCUAAGAACCAAGCAUAUCAGCAUUGUAACAAUGAUUAUAAGUUGAAAAAAGGAAGAGGAUAUGGAGGAAGAGGAGGAGGAGGUAGAGAAAGAAAGGGAAACUAUACUUAUGUAGCCAAGGUAGCUACUCCCAAUUCACGGUAA